GUAUUUUUUGUCCGUGUUUCGAAUGCUUUUUGUGUCUUGUUGUUGUACGUGACGAGCGGUGAACUGUAAGCGAGUCAAUUGUUUAAAUUUUCAAUGAAUGGCAGUGGCAAACAAUUCAAUGAACUGAACUGGCCGGGGUGUCGACCGCUGCAUUGAGCCAUGACAAGAGCCAGCCCCAUUGAAGCACCCACGAUGGGAACAGCCGCCUCGGAAUCAGAGUCGGAAAAUGUGGAAGCGGCAUCGCAGACGCAAACACAGGAUAAUCUGCGCAUAUUUUUAAAGCAUUUGUAUGCCGAGUGCGUGUACCGAUACCAGAAUGUCACAUACGAUACGGACGACCCAUCAGUUUCGCUGGGGGCAGCAACAGACUACGAUUUCGAUUUGCCGGAGAACUUCAGCCCGGUGCCGCGGUAUCUGGAGAACGCGGCGCUAAACGAGGGCGCCAUUGACAUGCGGAACGUGGACGCGGAGCAGGCGGAGAAGGAGGAGCUGGUGGCCACCGUCGUCAGUGCCACGAUGGCCACAAAUCAGCGGGCGGAGCCACGGCUCUUCUGCCCCCUGAACUUUGACGGAUAUCUCUGCUGGCCAAGGACUCCGGCCGGCACCGUGCUGAGUCAAUAUUGUCCCGAUUUCGUCGAAGGAUUCAACAGAAAAUUUCUGGCCCACAAGACCUGCCUGGAAAAUGGCUCCUGGUUCCGUCAUCCGGAGAGCAAUCAGACCUGGUCCAAUUACACCAACUGCGUGGACUACGAGGACCUGGAGUUUCGCCAGUUCGUCAACGAGCUGUACGUGAGGGGCUACGCCCUCUCCCUGCUGGCCCUACUCAUAUCGAUUAUAAUCUUCUUGGGCUUCAAAUCCCUGCGCUGCACCCGCAUUCGGAUCCAUGUGCACCUGUUCGCCUCGCUGGCCUGCACCUGUGUGGCCUGGAUUUUGUGGUACCGCCUGGUGGUGGAGCGACCCGAAACCAUAGCCGACAAUCCGCUCUGGUGCAUCGGCUUGCAUCUGGUGGUGCACUAUUUCAUGCUGGUCAACUAUUUCUGGAUGUUCUGCGAGGGUCUACACCUGCACCUGGUGCUCGUUGUGGUCUUUGUGAAGGAUACGAUUGUGAUGCGCUGGUUCAUGGUCAUCAGCUGGCUCUCGCCGAUUCCCAUUGCCAUCGUCUAUGGAUUGGCCAGGCAUUUCAGCAGCCCGGACAAUAAACACUGCUGGAUAAAUGACAGUCUGUACCUGUGGAUCUUCUCAGUGCCCAUAACCCUCUCGCUGCUGGCUAGUUUCAUCUUUCUGAUCAACGUUCUGCGGGUGAUUGUGAGGAAGUUGCAUCCGCAGUCCGCCCAGCCCGCACCGCUGGCCAUCCGGAAGGCGGUACGUGCCACCAUCAUCCUGGUACCGCUCUUCGGUCUGCAGCACUUCCUGCUGCCCUACCGUCCGGAUGCAGGGACCCAGCUGGAUCACUUCUACCAAAUGCUCUCCGUGAUCCUCGUCAGUCUGCAGGGCUUUGUGGUCUCCUUCCUGUUCUGCUUCGCCAACCACGACGUCACCUUCGCCAUUCGCACCCUGCUCAACAAGCUGCUGCCCAGCCUGGUGACCCCGCCGCCGGCCGGGAGUAAUACUGGACAGAUGGCCACGACCACGCCCAGCCGCGAGCUGGGCGUUUAAGACGUACCGCCCGAGGGUCGAUCGAAACGUUGACCACAUCGCAGCGCAAAGAUUUUGAACAGCUAGCACAGAAAUAGAGCUGCUUUUUCCUUAUUCUUUAAAAAAAUUCGAAGCCUCCAUAAAAAUAUUGAUGAAUAUAUAAAAUAUUUUACAUUGAAAGGAUUUUUAAAUUAAGUACAAGUUUUUUUUUGCUUUCGACAUUGAAUAGAGUGUAAUAUUAUUUUUAAAACUUUUCUACUAUAGAAAUUUUUUUGUCGUAUCACUAAAAAUGUGAUUGCCCUUGCCUUUGGAAUACUAUUAGACAGUGAUUAUUGAAUAUUGCUUAAAAAUGCUAACUGUAAUUAUUAUUAUAAGUUUUUAAUUUAGUGCAUUUAUUACCUCAAAAAAUAUAUUUUUUAAUCAAAUCAGAUCAGAUAAAUUCUGAGAUUACCCUGUAGGCUUUCUUUAAUAUACAAUUUAAACCAGUUUGAAAAAAUAUGUUUACAAAUUUUCUAUAUAUUUCUCAAAAUUUUCCCAAAGAUUUAACUUUUAACUAAAAAAAUUCUAACAUGAAAUAGUUAAACAAAUUUAAAAUUAAUUUAAAUACAAU